CUUCAAUUCAUUACGGCGUGGGAAAACUAGCAAAUGAUUCAGGUGAUGGUAUAAAUACCUUACAUAAUUUCAGUGAUCAAAAGAGCAUAAUAGCAAGGAGCAAAGGCUUACUUCAAAAGUAAGCCGCAAAAUAUACUCACAAAUUACAAUUUAAAAAUGGAGCUGUAUCUGUUAUUACUCUCUGCUGUAUUGAUGACAGUCUGCGAUUGCAACAAUUAUUUUGAACGUUCUGCUAUAUCCAAGACAAAUUGCCCGAAACCAAUUGAUUGCGAAGGCUGGCUUCUAAAUGGAUACAAUAAAAGUGGAACUUACACAAUUUGGCCGAGAAAUAGAGUGCUUCAAGUUGAAUCAUUGGAUGUCUUCUGCGACAUGGAUACCGAUGGAGGAGGAUGGACAGUUAUUCAAAGAAGAGGAAACUACUCGAGGCCGAAAGAUUAUUUUUAUAAAAAUUGGUCCAGCUAUAAAUCUGGUUUUGGAGAUAUCGAAAAGGAUUUCUGGUUAGGGAAUGACAAUAUAUUUGCUUUGACUAACCAAAAGCUGUACUCCGCCCGUUUCGAUUUAAAAGAUAUACGUCAUGCUAAGAGGUAUGCACUGUAUGAUAAAUUUUGGACUGAUGAUGAGGCACACAAUUACACCCUUCACAUUGAAGACUACACUGGAGAUGCAGGUGAUGCGAUGAAAACGCAUAACAAUAUGCAAUUUUCAACAAAGGACGUGAAGAAUGAUUUAAAUGGUAAGGACAGUUGCGCUCACAUCUUCAGAGGUGGAUGGUGGUACAAUGCUUGCCACAAUGCCAACUUAAACGGGUUGUAUCUACCAGGAGAGCAUCCCAGUUACGCAGAUGGUGUCAGCUGGAUAAUUUGGAAAGGAGGUCAUGAAUCACUGGCCUCAGCGGAAAUCAAAAUCAGAUCUAAGAAUUUUAGAAAGAGAAGAGUUGCGUUUGAGUGCAAUAACUGAGAAAUAAAAAUUAUUUGAUUAAAUUCUUA